GCCGGGAGCACGCUCGCCCUCCCGCCCCCCAGCCGCCUCUGCCGCCGCCCCCUCCUUGGAAACCAAGUUACCAACGUUAAACCAAUCCCCGAACGCAACUCUGCCUCCUCCACAACCCACCCGCCGCGCCGUCCUCUCGCCCAGCUCAGCGCUCGCGCUCUCCUCACCUCCUGCGCUUCCCCCCGCGGCGGCGAUGCCAGGGCCCUCGCCAGGGCUGUGCCGGCCGUUGCUCGGCCUCUGGGCUGCCCUGGGCCUCGGGUUCCUCGGCCUCUCAGCGCUCGCGCAGGAGCCCUUUUGGGCGGACCUGCAGCCCCGCGUGGCGCUCGUGGAGCGCGGGGGAUCUUUGUGGCUGAAUUGCAGCACUAACUGCCCACGACCUGAGCGCGGUGGCCUGGAGACCUCGCUGCGCCGGAAUGGGACCCAGAGGGGCUUGCGUUGGCUGGCGCGGCAGCUGGUGGACAUCCGUGAGCCGGAGACCCAGCCUGUCUGCUUCUUCCGCUGCGCGCGGCGCACACUGCAGGCGCGUGGGCUCAUUCGCACUUUCCAGCGGCCGGAUCGUGUAGAGCUGGGGCCACUGCCUGCCUGGCAGCCCGUGGGCGAGAACUUUACCCUGAGCUGUAGGGUCCCGGGCGCUGGGCCUCGUGGGAGCCUCACAUUGACCCUGUUGCGGGGAGCCCAGGAGCUCAUCCGGCGCAGCUUCGCUGGGGAGCCACCCCGAGCGCGCGGCGCUGUUCUUAUCGCUACCGUGCUGGCGCGAAGGGAGGACCACGGGGCCAAUUACUCUUGCCGCGCGGAGCUGGACCUGCGGCCGCACGGCCUGGGGCUCUUUGAAAACAGCUCCGCCCCCAGACAGCUCCGAACCUUCGCCCUGUCUCCGGAUCCCCCGCGCCUCGCUGCCCCCCGACUCUUGGAAGUGGGCUCAGAAAGCCCCGUGAGCUGCUCCUUGGACGAGCUAUUUCCAGCCCCGGAGGCUUGGGUCUACCUGGCUCUGGGGGAUCAGAGGCUGAGUCCCGAUAUCACCUUCGAGGGGGACGCGCUCAUGGCCACUGCCACAGCCACAGCUAGUGCGGAACAGGAGGGCGCCAGUCAGCUGGUCUGCAACGUGACCCUGGGGGGCGAGAGCCGCGAGACCCGGGAGAACGUGACUGUUUACAGCUUCCCUGCGCCGGUCCUGACCCUGAGCGAGCCCACCGUCCCAGAGGGGAAGGUGGUGACAGUAACUUGCACAGCUGGGGCCAGAGUCCUGGUCACACUGGACGGAAUUCCAGCCGUGGUCCCAGGGCAGCCCGCCCAGCUUCAGCUAAAUGCCACCGAGGACGACGACAGGCGCAGCUUCCUCUGCGAUGCCACUCUCGAGGUGGACGGGGAGACCCUAAGCAAGAACGAGAGCGCCGAACUCCGCGUCCUAUACGCCCCUCGGCUGGACGAUUCGGACUGUCCCAGGAGCUGGACGUGGCCGGAAGGCCCAGAACGGACGCUGCGCUGCGAAGCUCGAGGAAACCCCGCGCCCUCCGUGCACUGCGCACGGCCUGACGGCGGGGCAGUGCUGGCACUGGGCUUACUGGGUCCGGUGACUCGCGCUCUCGCCGGCACUUACCGCUGCACUGCGGGCAACAUCCAGGGCGAGGCAGUCAAGGACGUGACCCUGACGGUGGAGUAUGCCCCAGCGCUGGACAGCGUGGGCUGCCCAGAACACAUUACGUGGCUGGAAGGAACAGAGGUCUCACUGAGCUGUGUGGCGCAUGGGGUCCCGCCGCCGAGCGUGAGCUGUGUGCGCUCUGGGGAGGCCAGGGUCCUGGAGGGCCUGCUGCGUGUGGUCCGGGAGCACGCAGGAACCUACCGCUGUGAAGCCACCAAUGCUCGAGGCUCUGCAGCCAAAAAUGUGGCGGUCACGGUGGAAUAUGGCCCCAGUUUUGAGGAGCUCAGCUGCCCCAGCAAUUGGACAUGGGUGGAAGGAUCUGGGCAGCUGUUUUCUUGUGAAGUGGAUGGAAAGCCAGAGCCAAGCGUGGAGUGCAUCGGCUCGGGGGGCACCAGUGACGGGAUGCUGCUGCCACUGGCACCCCCAGACCCCCGCCCCAGUGUCCCCAGCAUCUCUAGCAAACUGGCACCUGGUAUCUACAUCUGCAAUGCUACCAACAGGCACGGCUCCAUGGUCAAGACCGUCGCCGUGAGCACGGAGUCGCCGCCGCAAAUGGAUGAGUCCACCUGCCCUGGUCACCAGACGUGGCUGGAAGGAGCCGAGGCUGCAGCGCUGGCCUGCGCCGCCCGGGGUCGUCCCUCCCCACAAGUGCGCUGCUCCCGGGAGGGCGUGCCCAGGCCUCAGCGGCUGCGCGUGUCCCGAGAAGAUGCGGGUACCUACCGCUGCUUGGCCACCAACACGCAUGGCACGGAUGCACGGACUGUCACCGUGGGCGUGGAAUACCGCCCGGUGGUGGCCGAGUUGGCAGCCUCGCCUCCCGGAGGCGUGCGGCCAGGUGGGAACUUCACGUUGACCUGCCGCGCAGAGGCCUGGCCCCCAGCCCAGAUCAGCUGGCGCGCGCCCCCGGGGGCGCCCAACAUCGGCCUGUCGAGUAACAACAGCACGCUGAGCGUGGCGGGCGCCAUGGGCAGCCACGGCGGCGAGUACGAGUGCGCAGCCACCAACGCGCAUGGGCGCCACGCGCGGCGCAUCACCGUGCGCGUGGCUGGUCCGUGGCUGUGGGUCGCCGUGGGCGGCGCGGCGGGGGGCGCGGCGCUGCUGGCCGCGGGGGCCGGCCUGGCCUUCUACGUGCAGUCCACCGCUUGCAAGAAGGGCGAGUAUAACGUGCAGGAGGCCGAAAGCUCCGGUGAGGCCGUGUGUCUCAACGGCGCGGGCGGCGGCGCUGGAGGGAGCGCGGGCGCCGCCGAAGGUGGAACCGAGGCUGCGGGCACCGAGGAGGCGCAGGCGGGUGGCGAGGUCUUUGCCAUCCAGCUGACGUCAGCGUGAGCCCGCUUCCCUCUCCCCGCGGGCCGGGGGACGACCCCCCCCAAGCCACAGGGGGGCUUACUUAUUGUUCUAUUUAUUUAUGUAUUUAUUUAUUGAAUUCCAGGGGCGUCACCCCCUUUUUCUACCCCGCCCCCCAAUAAAGUUUUUAUAAAGGA